UAUAUUCAAUGAAACUUGACUGGUCAAUCAAGGCACUGCUGUCAUCUUGUAGAAGUGAGAAUGAGUCAGUCAGGAACCUUGUGGCAGCAAUACUGAGCAAUGAGGACAUUAUUAACUCAUUGGCAAGUGCUUGUACGGGCCAAAAUCCUUCCCAUAGUACCCGUGCCCAAUACCGUUCUCCUGACGAAGAAGUUCCCUCCCUUUUUAAUGGUGGCAGGCCGACUACAACAGGCCUCAGGCUAAAUCCUGACAGAAAAAGCAAAAAAGUUUUCCAGUUUAAGAAAGUAUUGUAAUAUUUCAACUGAUGCCAUUUUGUAAAACCAGCUAAUUCAGAAGGCUAUCACUUUGAUGAAAAGGAUACAACUAGGUUUUCAAUUUCAUUCAGUAUUCUCACAUUUUUAUCAGUAUAUCCAAGAUUCAUUUCAUAUAUUCAAAGCUUCAUUUCCUAAACGGCAUGCCAUAAUAUAUAUAUAUUAUUCACACCUGUUCCCUCUUCAUAAUGGCUUGCCCUUUCUUGGAGGAUGUACUGGAUGAGGAAGCCCUAAUCCUCAGACGAGCAUUUAGUCAUGAAAGAGUCUUCUGGGACAGGUCAGACCCAUUGGCUGUUGGAGAUGACUAUCUCAUUGAGAGAUACAGAUUCUCAGGUGAUGGACUAAGAUAUUUAUGUAGGCUGCUGGGUCCAAAAAUACAGCACCAGACGGCAGGAAGCCAUGCUCUCACUGUAUCACAGAUGGUCUGUGUUACAUUGAGAUGUUUUGCAAGUGGGAGCUUCCUUUAUUCUGUUGGGGAUGCAGAGAACCUCAAUAAAGGGACCAUUUGCAGCACAUAUCCUGGCUUGGUGGGCCCCCUGUGCCAGUUCUAUGGGCUUUUUUUAACUGCUACAAUCAUAUAGACAUUCAACAAGUCAGCAGAUACCUAAUCUAUUCACCUCAUUUGUUCACUGUUAUCUACUUUAAAGUCACUUUCCAGCCUGCAAAAUGUUCUUGUAUUUAACUUUAACUUGCUGCCAGGUCCUUUUAUGGCCAGACAAGUUGGUUCUUUAUGAAGGAUAGAAAGAUAAAAUAGAUAAAAAUAGAUUAAAUGACACACAUUGUGGAUAAUUGUUUGCACUUAAUCAUAUUUUACAUUUUCUGAGUAACAUGAACCUCUACUUGCCACAUUUAAAGCAAAGUGUACAACAGUUGAUUAGUGGACUUAAAGUAACUCCUUUAGUCCUUUAAUUGUAGCCUAAUGAUGACAGUUCCAGUGGAGCACUGUUUAUUCAUUGUACAGUUUUGGACUACUUAAGCAUUAAGCCGGUCCGCUAUUGUCUGCCAGGCUUUCUCUCUUUCUUUAAUUAUGGCAUUGGUAUUGCCUUUUUUUCUUCUAUCUUCCACCUCUUCAUAGAACUCCAUCAGCAGCUGUUUUUCAGCGGCCGUGAAAUACGAAGCGUGACUCUUAUCCAUGUUCCCAUCGGUGAUUCUGUGAGCGAUCGCGAGGUCUAUUUCAGUAUGCCGUGAACACGCACUUAUCCCGACUAUCUACACCUGGCUUAACAUAGCCGCGCCUUUUCAUCCUGGCUCGGCAAACGUGCAACCGAUUAAGCCAGGAUGCGCCGAGCAGGCUAAGUCAAGCCGCGCUUGCUCACUUAUCCUGGAUUUCUUUAUCCUACUUUUGUGCAAUACCCCACAGGUCAUGAUUUCUGGAAGAAAACAUUUUUUGGUGCUUUGAGAACCACAAGCCCCGUGCCACCUGCUUCUGUUUUAUUCAAGAGAAGGCAGACAUCUCUACAGCCGAUAUCUCCAAAACUCAGCAAUCUACAUCAAAACAAUCUACAUGGAUAAACAGCAGAAGACUUUGUCACUGUGGAUGUUUGGGCUUCUGUUCAUCAGCCUCACAGGAGCACAUGGACUCAACAACUUUCCAGAAAACUUUGUGGUGGCAAAAACAAAUGAAAAUGUCAUACUGACCUGUGGAUCAAAGGCUGAUGGAGCGGUCACAUGGAAGUUCCGCAUGUUUCCCAGUGAAGAGAUGGAGGAUGUUGAUUCUGAGGACAAUAUCCAGCAGGAAGGUCAAAAUCUGAAAGUGUCCGAAGUAGGUACGCCUGUGUUGGGAGAAUACAGCUGCUGGAGAGGAGAAGAGAAAUUAUCAUCAACCUAUCUACUGCUGGAGGAUGAGGAGGAAGAGGAGUUAGAUUCUUUAAUCAGAUGUCGGGCAAAGUCAUAUGACUGUAACUUCACCUGUAAGUGGACCCGCGAUGGAUACACAGCAGUGCGCCUCGGAUUGGGCCAUGAAUGCAGUGAAGGUGGAAAGUCAUGUCACUGGGUCAGCAGCAGUGAACAGCUCCAGGACGGGGGAUUCCAGUUUGUACUGUCCCACUCCCUUUCACCCUAUGCAGAGGAAAGCACCAUGCUUGAACUCACUGCUGAGGCCAUCAAUGACCUCUCCAUUCUCCGGAGAACCAAGAGAUUUUAUCUCAGAGACAUUGUUCAACCCGAUAGUCCCCAGAUUGUCAAGUGUCAGGAGGUGGACCAGGAACUGAACGUGACCAUUGAUCCACCGUCCACCUGGUCGACUCCUUACAGCUUCUUCAGUCUGGAGCAUGAGAUUGAAUACGAGUUGAAAGAUGAUGGCCAGACUGGACGUUCAUCAUCAUCUGCCCUGAUACCGAAGAAGAUCAGUAAGCUGAGGGUUCGCUCCAGAGACUCGCUGGUGCUCUCCACCUGGAGCCAGUGGACUCCCUGGAAAAAUGUGAGAACAGGGAAAAAGAACCUAUGUAAAUGCAAAAACACGGCAAAAUCUUGCUGUCCAGAGUUGCCAGCUGGGUAUUUGGACAAAUGCAAGACAAAAGGGAAGAAAAAAAGGAAGAAGACUGUUGGAUCCAGGCAUCUUAAAAAGAAGAUGUAAUGAAAGCUUUAUAUUUGUGAAUUAAAUGUAAAAAAACAGUUCUACUGAUUUCAUUUGUCCAAUGCUUGAUUAAAGGGAGUGAUGGUGUGGAUUUUUAAACCACAUUUCAAAAAGCUUUAAAUUGAAAAAGAUAUUACAUGUGUUGUAGUUGUUGUAUAACUUGCUAAAAUGCAAUCAAUCUAUACCUUAAUAAAAGUUUAAAUGUUCA